UGAAGCAAAAUAUCCAGAGCCACUGCCUUUGUCCAUGUCAUUGCUGUGUGGAUUUUUGUACUAUACAUAACUAGUUUUCAUGGCGUCUCUCUGAUUAUGCAGUGCUACAGCAACACAAUAACUUUUCUCUUCCGCACGACCUAAAUUGUUGCAGCUCAACAUUCCGAUUAACACUUCAGUGCUACUGUACAUCCUGUGCAACCAUGGUUCGAAUGUUUGGACUGCUUCUGACGGCCACUGGACCCAUCAAAUUUGGAGCAAAUUGCGGAGGAAAAAACCCAAAUGCAUUCGCUGCAUUGAAGUAUUGUGGGGCGACGGGGACGAACAUAGGUUUGAAAAGGAGCCUCUUGUUUGGACGACAAGAAGUGGCAGUGCUCUUCAGAGCGUUCUCAGUAAAGCCCCCCAGAGGGUUUGAGAAGUAUUUCCCAAAAAAAAGUGAAGAUGCAGAUGUCAUGAAGUCAUGUGAAGAACCCAAAAAUGUUGAUUCCACGGAUCCCUUACCAAAUGAAGUUAGAAGGAAGGUGCACGGUGGAGGUAGAGAAAGCAGUGAAGGAGGCGGUGGUGGGCAAGGAGGAGGAGGAGGAGACGAGGGAGGAAGAGAUGACAGCUGGUGGGCCCGCAUGCAGAGGGGUGAAUUUCCAUGGGACAAGAAGUACUUCCAGCAUGUGGGAAUCGCAGCAGCGGGAAUGCUGUCUACGUUUAUCUACCUGCACUUAAGGGAGACGGGUAGAGAGAUCUCCUGGAAAGAUUUCGUGAACUACUACCUCACAGAAGGACUGGUGGACCGUCUGGAAGUGAUUAAUAAGCAGUAUGUCAGGGUGAUCCCAGCACCAGGAGUCAACACUUCUGAUGUGAAUUACGUGUGGUUCAACAUUGGAAGUGUGGAGACGUUUGAGCGUAAUCUGGAGAUGGCUCAACAGGAGAUGGGGCUGGAGCCCCUCCGUAAAGUGCCUGUCUUCUACACCUCAGAGAGCGAUGGGUCUUUCCUGAUGAGCAUCCUCCCUACGGCGCUUCUGGUUGGCUUUCUGCUCUUCGCUCUCCGACGAGGACCAAUGAUGGGAGGCGGCGGCGGUGGUGGAGGCGGGGCCAGGAACAACCCCACCAGCAUGAGCGAAUCCAAAGCCAAGAUGAUCAAGGGCAACAUCAGCACGAGGUUCAAGGAUGUGGCAGGCUGUGAGGAGGCCAAAGUGGAGAUCAUGGAGUUUGUGAACUUCUUGAAAAAUCCCAAGCAGUACCAGGACUUAGGAGCCAAAAUCCCCAAGGGUGCCGUCUUAUCAGGACCCCCAGGGACUGGGAAGACUCUCCUGGCCAAAGCCAUGGCGGGGGAAGCCAACGUGCCCUUCAUCACAGUCAGUGGCUCCGAGUUUCAAGAGGUGUUUGUUGGAGUUGGGCCAGCUAGGGUGAGAGACAUGUUCAACAUGGCCAGGAAGAAUGCUCCAUGUAUCCUCUUCAUCGAUGAGAUCGACGCUAUCGGCAGGAAGCGGGGCAGGGGGGACUUUGGCGGCCAGAGCGAGCAGGAGAACACACUGAACCAGCUGCUGGUGGAGAUGGACGGUUUCAAACCCAGCACCAACGUGGUGGUCUUGGCAGGAACCAAUCGUGUGGAUGUCCUGGAUCCUGCUCUUAUGAGGCCUGGACGAUUUGACAGGCAGAUCUACAUCGGCGCUCCGGACAUCAAAGGCAGGGCAUCCAUCUUUAAGGUGCACCUGCGCCCGUUGAGACUGGACCUUAGCAUAGACCCAGAUGACCUCUCCAGGAAGCUCGCUGCUUUAACCCCCGGCUUUACUGGUGCUGACAUCGCUAAUGUGUGCAAUGAAGCAGCUCUCAUCGCUGCCAGGCAUCUCCACAAGUCCAUCAAGGCAAGGCACUUUGAGCAGGCCAUCGACAGAGUCAUUGGAGGGCUGGAGAAGAAGACCCAGGUGCUUCAGCCCACCGAGAAGACCACGGUGGCCUACCAUGAGGCGGGCCACGCAGUGGUGGGCUGGUUCCUGGAGCAUGCCGACCCCCUCCUCAAGGUUUCCAUCAUUCCCAGAGGGAAAGGCCUGGGCUAUGCGCAGUACCUCCCUAAGGAGCAGUACCUGUUCACGCGCGAGCAGCUUUUUGACAGGAUGUGCAUGAUGCUGGGCGGCCGUGUCGCGGAGCAGGUGUUCUUUGGGAGGAUCACCACUGGUGCCCAGGACGACCUGAGGAAGGUCACCCAGUCUGCCUAUGCACAGGUGGUACAGUUUGGCAUGAAUGAUGCGGUGGGCCAGAUGUCCUAUAACCUGCCGCAGCCAGGGGAGCUGGUGUCAGAGAAGCCGUACAGCGAGGCCACCGCCCAGCUCAUCGACCAGGAGGUGCGGCAACUCAUCGACCUGGCCCUCACCAAGACGCGGCAGCUAGUCACCGACAAACGACACCUGGUAGAGAUGGUGGGUAAGCGUCUUUUGGAGCGGGAGGUCCUGGACAAAGCUGACAUGCUGGAGCUGCUGGGGCCGAGGCCCUUCGAGGAGAAGUCCACGUACGAGGAGUUUGUUGAGGGCACGGGCACUUUGGAGGAGGACACAAGCCUCCCUGCCGGCUUAAAGAACUGGAACCAGGAGAGACAGGACUCGGACGACCCCCCGCAACAGCUGAAGGAGGCUGUGUACUUGUCGAGCAAGUAAGCAAAGGAAAGGAAGGUCUGGGGCGGGACCCUCAAGACCUACUGGCCUACUCCCAAGCAGCAGGAUUGAAUGGGAGCCGUGCAUGUCUGUAGACUGUGAACUGUACUGUAUUUCCCCCGUGCUGCACCCACUCGCUGCACAUUAGACACGGUGCUAAGCGGCUUUGGUUUCAAAGCCAACAUAGACGGAGACGAGGCGCUUCAGUUCCACUGACCUGGAAUGUGCAAUAUGGGCUGCUAUUUCUGAAGUGUACUUGUAUCCUUCCAUCUUGGCCCGGUGAUGAUGAAAUAGUUGAUAUGAAGUCCUUAUUUUAAAUCAUGGGCUCUGGACUUUUGAGAUGGAUUGUGGUUAUUGUCGUGCCGUUUUUUUACCGUCCUGUUGUGAAUGUCAUCGCACGGCCAGUGGGAAGUGGUAACACCACUGUAUGUGAAACUUGAAGACGUGAUAAGUCCAACAUUGUGAAGACCUGUAAUGAAUAUGAUUCAUUGAUUGAUAUUGAAGACUGUUAUAUAGAACAGGCCAUAUAGAACAUUCAAAGAGAAGAAUGAGCAGUCAACUGUGUAUGCACUCUGAAGACAGUGGUGCCAUAUGCAGUGUUGUUGGAGUGUGUACAUUGGCAUCAUGUUAAGCUGUGUGUACGUGCGUGAGUGCGUGCGUGUGUGUGUGUGUGUGAGCAUGUUGGCAUGUUUGUGUAAAUUCGUGCCUCUUUAUGUGUCUGCUUUGUGGACAGACAUCCUUGCUGACACGAUGAACAUUUUAAUCCUUUUAUUACAUUUUUAAAGCAAACACAGGCUUUUCUCAUCCAAUGCAUUUUGCCUUCCUGACGGAAAGCGUUAUUUUGCUUUAACUGUAAGUCAUGCUUUAAAAGCUAUUGUUACUGAUCAUGUUGUACCAGAAAUUUCCACAGCCGUUUGUACAUAAAAAAGAUGAUGAAGUGUAAAAGUAAAGUUGUGAAGAUUUUUGUUCA